ACUCGAGGCCCGAGUCACAGACGCAGAACGUAAGUCAAAACUCGGGACUCGCCAAAACCGUAAAUUGUAUGUAGCUAUAUUUUUGUACAUUUCCCAGCUGAUGUUGGCUAUGGGAAUUGGACUGGUGGAAAUUAGGGUUUUGGCCUAAUUCGUGGGCUUUUAAAAUUUAAGGGGCGAAACUGAGAAAUUUGAUCCGACCUUGAAGUUUUUCCUCAGACAAAUAACAAGAUUGAGUUUCAUCAUCAUUUACUUGGAGAGAGAAAGUAUCAUGUUCAUUUUUUAGUAGAGAGAGAGAGAGUGCGUUGCAGGGAAUUGAGUAAUGGCAAUUGGUCGUAACAGAAGGAAUGGGAGAUCGCAUACUGUAUUAUUCUCCUACAGGCGGCCCUCCCACUCUUGUUCUCUCUGCUAUUGCGAUUAUAAGAUUUUUACCUUCAAUGAUGUAUUGUUCUCAUUUGGACACAAACAUGCGAGGUUCUUAAGACUUUGGUUUUCGAUUGGGGUUGUAUUUAGCUUUAUCACUUUGAUGGGAGUUGUAACAGUUCUACUUUGUCAAUCCACUUUGAGCAUGUACAGUUUGAAUUUGUUGAUAAAGAAUGUAUCAGCAGAUUGGUCAUUUGGCUUUGCUUCUUUGGUUCCUGGUUCUAGCACAUCUUUUGCGGGUGCUGGAUACAUUCUUUGUGCCACGUUUAUAUCUGUUGCUGCCCAUGAAAUAGGGCAUGCUCUUGCUGCUGCAAGUGUGGGCGUCCGCAUCGAGUAUAUUGCCUUAUUCCUGGCAGUUAUUUUUCCUGGGGCUCUCAUUGCUCUUGACUAUGACUUGCUUAAGAGUUUACCUCGUUGCACUACCCUUCGCAUAUACUGUGCAGGCAUUUGGCACAAUGCAUUGUGUUGUGCAGUUAGUUGGUUGGCCUUGUUCUUUCUUCCUUCAGUCCUUUAUCCCCUCUAUUUGCAUGGUGAACACCCCAUGGUACUUCCCUUUGCCUUUUCAAUUAUUUCAAGUCUCUAUGUUUUUCAUCCCUAUUCUACUAAGUUUCGUAUUUUUGAGCAGGUCUUAAGUGUGUUUCCUAGCUCACCUUUAUUUGGUUAUUUAACUCAUGGGGAUGUCAUUCUCUCCGUCGAUGGCAUCUCUAUUCAUGACCCUCAAGAAUGGAUGGAGAAGAUGGCUGGCAUGGAUUUCCUGACACUCCAAAAUCUGCGUGUUUUGGAAAGUUCUAGAAACUCCCGAGAAGGUUCUCUGGCUAUUGACCAAGGGAAGGGGUAUUGUAUUCCAAGUUUAUGGUUAGGGGAGAACAAGAAGAUUCCCUUGGUAGCUGAUCAGCUUGCUUGUCCAGAGGAAACUGCACCAUUUCUUGAAAUACCAUGUUUUAGCUCCAGUUCUUUCAACCUAAGCAGUAAUGACACCAUGAUUGGGGAAUGCUUGAUAGCUAAAGAUGUUGUCAAGUUUAAAAGUUGUGUUCACAAAGAAAAUGUUGAAAACCAUAAGAGUAUCUGCUCGUGCUCACAGGAUGAGGUAUGCAUGAGUCCCAUUCAAAUGCCGGGUUCAAUGUGGGUUGAGAUCACAUAUUCAAACCCUUUGGGCUGCUCAUCUCGAGAACUUGCAGGCCGUAAUAUGUCAUUAGAUUCUUCCUGGUAUUCUGGCUCUGAUUCAAGUAGUUGCAUGGGGCACUUUGUUUUCAUUGGAGAUACUGGUGGUGCUGCACGCUCUGUUCAAUUAACUUCUUAUCAGCCUCGUUGGAGGUUUUUGUUCAGUUGUUAUCUUCCUGAUGCAUUGGAGAAGCUGCUACUUUCUACAUUCUAUGUCUCUGCAACUCUCGGCUUACUCAAUAGCAUGCCGUUAUUUUUUCUGGAUGGUGCAUGUAUGUUGGAGGCAAGUUUAUCCUACCUCACAUGGCUUAGUCGUAGAAGGAGAAGACAGCUCCUACGGCUGUUUCUUUCGUGUGGCACUCUCCUCUCUAUAGUCACCCUCUCAAGGAUCUUCUUUUCAAGAGUAGUUGGGUAAUCUCACAUUCAUGAAGAGGAAAAUUUGAACUACUAAGAAGUGGAAGUAUUUGAUUUCUACAGAAGGGGAGUAUGAAUUGCUUUUGGCUUAACGACAUUAUGAUUGGGUGAUGUUUAUCUGAUAGGUGAUGUUUUGUCAUAACAUCACAAGUGACAUAUAACAUCACAAGUGACAUAAGUCUGAUAUUGAGGGCUCUAACGUGCUCUAGAUUAUUUCCAUUGAGGGGAAUUGUGGUCUGAUAAUGUAUAAGUUCAUAUAUACAUUUGGCCUUGGUACAAGG